ACGAAAUUUCAGCGUAAAACAAAUUAAUUAAGAUGGCGGAAUUAGAUCGGUGGAUAGACAUCGCAAAAGAAUGUAAAUACUUGCCAGAAAACGACCUUAAGAAAUUAUCUGACUAUGUUUGUGAUUUAUUGCUCGAGGAAUCAAACGUCCAGCCCGUUUCAUCCCCUGUAACUGUUUGUGGAGAUAUUCAUGGUCAGUUUUAUGAUUUAGAAGAAUUGUUCAGAACUGGAGGUCAAAUCCCUGAUACUUCCUACAUCUUUAUGGGUGAUUUUGUUGACAGAGGUUACUAUAGUUUAGAAAGUUUCACAAGACUGUUGACUUUGAAAGCUAAAUGGCCAGAUAAAAUCACAUUGCUGCGGGGAAAUCACGAAAGCAGACAAAUUACCCAAGUCUAUGGAUUUUAUGAUGAAUGUCAGAAUAAAUAUGGCAAUGCAAAUGCAUGGAAAUAUUGUUGUAAAGUUUUUGACCUCUUGACUAUAGCUGCAAUCAUAGAUGAACAAGUGCUUUGUGUUCACGGAGGUUUAUCCCCGGACAUCAAGACCUUGGAUCAAAUUCGUACUAUUGAACGCAACAUGGAGAUACCGCAUAAAGGUGCGUUCUGCGAUUUGGUUUGGUCAGAUCCAGAGGAUGUUGAGACAUGGGCUAUGAGCCCCCGUGGUGCGGGCUGGCUGUUUGGAUCCAGAGUUACUAAUGAGUUUGUUCACAUCAAUAAUCUAAAGUUGAUCUGCCGCGCCCACCAGCUUGUUCACGAGGGUUACAAAUACAUGUUCGAUGAGAAGUUAGUCACGGUUUGGUCUGCACCCAACUACUGCUAUCGCUGUGGUAACAUAGCAUCGAUCCUAGCCUUCUCCGAUGCAGACACCAAAGAGCCGAAGCUGUUUAAAGCUGUGGCUGAUAGCGAGAGGGUCAUUCCACCACGGACAACUACACCUUACUUCCUUUAGAACUCGAAAUAUUCAGCCCUUACCCUAGACAUUGAACAAUGUCCAAUUCAAAGAUAACUAUCUUCAGUUGAAGCUGUUGCAAUUCCCUGGCGAGCAGAAAGACAACCUUUGUCAUAUCGAGUCCCCUGCGAUUGUAAAUAAAUGUAGUGAAACUGGUUGUAUGAAGGCUGGGUAGUGCCAUCCACCGUUUUAUGUUUUUACAACUUCUGUAAAAUUAACUUUAAAGUCCAGAAAAAUCGAAGAGUAAAACGUCGAAAAGUACAGUGAUCUUUCGAAUAGUACUAAGGCUAUACCAAAUUUAGAGUGACAUAAAAAAUACUAUUUGGUGGACAGGACUAUCCAGUUUUCAUACAACGGUCUAAAGUAGUGCAGUAGUGUUGCGUUUAGAAAAUCUAAAUUUAAGAAGAUUUAAUAUUACAUAUAUAAUGUCUCUCUUU